CCACCUAUGAUGAACCCCUUAAUUGAAAAACUGGCCAGCUGCAGGGGGCUUCCUACUUUCUUCGUAAGAAGAGCCCAUUGUUGGAGGGCACCGAAGUUGCUUCUGGCCCAGUAUCCGGCGGCUUCCCAAAGUGACCAAGCAGAUGACUCUGGGGAACCCACAAGCAGGAGAUGCAGCCACUACUAGCCUUCUCCCCUUUUGCUCUCUCCAGCAACUGGUAUUGAAAGGGCCGCUGGAGUCACAGGUGCAGCCGAUGCGAAGGAAGACCGAGCGCCAUCGCUCCACAAUCAAGUUCCUGCUGUACUCCGACACGGCGGAGGGCAGCUGCCUGAUAGAGUUCAACCAGCUGACUUCGCUCGAGCAGUGCCAGUUCAAUGCCUCUUUCCCUUUGGUGAUGAUUGUCCAUGGAUGGUCGGUGGAUGGGAGAUUGGAAGGCUGGAUCUGGAAACUAGCCGAAGCCCUCAAAUCCCAGCUCAGCCAGACCAACGUGAUCAUUGCCGACUGGCUCGCCCUGGCGCAUGCGCAUUACCCCAUCGCAGUGCAGAACACGCGCGACGUCGGCCAAGGCAUCGCUCUCUUCCUGGAGUGGCUGGAGGAAUCAGUUCAGUUUUCCAGAAGCAACGCUCACUUGAUUGGUUACAGCCUGGGGGCCCACGUGUCAGGCUUUGCUGGAAGUUAUAUUAGCGGUGCAAAAAAGAUCGGCAGAAUUACCGGCCUCGAUCCUGCUGGCCCUCUCUUCGAAGGCAUGUCCCCAACGGACCGCCUGUCGCCAGACGACGCAGACUUUGUGGACGCCAUCCACACCUUUACCCAGCAGCAGAUGGGCCUCAGUGUUGGGAUCAAGCAGCCCGUGGCCCACUUUGACUUCUACCCCAACGGCGGAACUUUCCAACCAGGCUGCCAUAUCAUGCACUUCUACAGUCACAUUGUCCAGUAUGGAAUCACCGGGCUCACCCAGACCGUGAAAUGCUCCCACGAAAGGUCGGUGCAUCUCUUCAUCGACUCGCUGCCACGCAAGCAGCAGCAGAUCAUGGGCUACUGGUGCAAGGACAUGCAGACCUUUGACAGGGGCCAGUGCCUCCACUGCAAGGCCAGCCGCUGCAACGCCCUGGGCUACCACAUCCGGAAGACGAGGGUGCCCAGCAGCCGCAGCCUCUUCCUGAAGACCCGGCCCCAGGUGCCGUUCAAAGUUUAUCACUAUCAGUUCAAGAUCCACUUCAUCAAUGAGUUCCAAAAGAAGCAAAUCGACCCAACAUUCACCCUCUCUCUGACAGGCAGCAACGACUUCAUUGAGAACCUCUCCAUUACCUUAGUUGAAGGCAUUACUGGAAACAAAACCUAUACUUUCCUCCUCCCUCUGGACACAGAUAUUGGUGAGCUGAUGAUGAUCAAACUGAAAUGGGAAGGAAUUGCCAUUUGGGAAAACAUCUGGAACACCUUCCAAACCAUCAUCAAAAGGGAGACCAAACGCCAGCCAGGACUUGUAGUGAAGGCUCUACGAGUCAAGGCAGGAGAAACACAACAGAAAAUGACUUUCUGUUCUCAAAUGGUUGACGACUUGCACCUCUACCCAGGCCAGGAAAAAAUGUUUGUGAGAUGUGAAGUCACCUCCCAAAAACUGAGAUCCUACAGAUAAGCCCACAUCUCAAAAGACUGGAGCUGUGCGUCCCCCACCACAAGGAUCGCGUCAAGCCUUUUACUUAGCUUUGUAUUUUUAUUUAUACACAACAGAAGGAAACAGACAUGAAACCCACAAUGAUCAAAACCAUCGAGCGGGGCGAUUUUGCGGGGAGGGGAGAUUGUUCUGAGUUAUACAACUGGCUCUAAGACUAACUUUCCGGUCUCCCUUCAUUUCCACUUCUAUGGAACUGUUCACACACAGACCCCGCCCUGCUCACUGUUUUUAAGGGGCAACGGUGAGUGGUGGGGGUAAAUUAAAAAUAUAAAUAAAAAUACAAUAUUGGAGGAUAA